GUGCAAUGGCUCAGUACAUCGCUCGCUCCGUCCGCUAUUCCCCACAGUCUUCGUUCUUCCGUAUGUAAGCGUGCGAACGUUGCGUGAUUAUGUCAGUGGCGGCGGGCAGUGUCGCGUCUGGCCAGUGACGCCGGCACCAUGAACGCACGCAGCAUCACCUUCCAGCUGUCUAUGGAAGGACGACAAGUGGACGAAGUGGUCGCCAGCAUCUUUCACACCGUCCUCUUCCACCGCUCCAGCGGUAAGUUCACCUACAACAACGAGGAGAGCUACUCCAUCCGCACCGUCAGCUACGUGGACGUGGACUGCGACUUCAUCGACUUCACGUACGUGUGCUGCGAGUCAGACGCGCUCGGCCGCAACAUCAAACGCGAGAUCUCCGACUUCUCGGAGCAGCUGCGCGGAGCCGACGCCACCUCCUCCCCCCCGAAGGGCUCCAUCAGCCUCGAGUUCUUCCAGAAGCGGCGCGCGCGUUGGCCCUUCCAGCCUGAGUGCGUGCCCUGGGAGGUGUGGACCGUGUACUGCGAGCUCACCGAGUCGCGGAGCGAGAACGACAUGCACAGCAAGCACGAGAGCGUCGUCGAGAUGCUCCAGGACAAAAUAGUCUUCAUCACGGAAAUCAUUAACAGACACGAGUAUGUCCCCAAAAUGCCGAGUCGCUCGGACGCCGACCUCAUCUUCGACACGUCGUACACGGACAUCCAGCCGUACCUGUUCAAGAUCCACUACAACCUGUCGGGCGCGCCGCCCACCUCCGUCGGCAACACGGUGCGCAAGCUCAUCCGGGACACGCUCGCCUUGUGAUGCAUAUUGUCCACGCUGGCACGGUAUGUUAUCUAACACCACAAUCAUAUCGUGCUUAUGAUGUCAACAAAUAAUGACUCGAGUAGUCUUGCAAUUUAAGUGAUCAUGGAACGUUCAUGUGCAAAUUUAAAACAGGGCAUAAAACACGGACGUUUCUCCUACAACCUCACGGAUAUAGCACCCUAAUUUUAUUUACCUUAUACGAAAUUUAUUUUUACUGUUGACAUGUGUACAUACUGAAAAUUUAUAUAUUUUAUUUUAUGAUUAUUAAAGAAGAUAUCAUCGCGAAUGUCUUCAAUGUUUCACUUCCUCGCUAGCAAUGGAGUCAUUUAUUGUACUUAUAUGCUUUGUAUAUUGCACAAAGUUUCAGUAGUUACGAACAUAUUUCAGUAAAUAUUUACCUAUUAGUGUUUGUGAUCGCACCCGCUAAGUCUUAUUACCAGUUUUAUUUACGCACGACGUGAUGACAUUUAGGUUACAAUAGCUCUAACGUUGGUUUGGCUAUCUUACGUUUAGCUUCUACUCAUAAGUAAUUAACUUUUUUGUCUGUUGUAAUAUUAGCUGUAAAAGUAAAUUUAGUUGUAAUGAUUUCGGAGCUAAGACUCGAAAGGCUGGUUGAUGUGUCCACUCAUUUAUAUGAUUUAAGAUUUGACCUGUUCUCGUUUUAAGUUGCCUAAUUUAACAGGAAGCAUAGAAAUAGGUAAGGUUUUAUUAACAAUGCACACUGUUUCGUAGUUUUAUAGUUACCUAGAUGUUUAAACAAUAUUUUGUUGUAUCUGUGUACUGUCUAGGUUAGACGUCACCACUGUAAGUAACGAAGGACCUUAUAUAGUACCGGGCAAUGUAUUGGUGGCACAAAUUGUUUAAACUAACUUUCACGUCUUGAACAACGCGUUAUGAUUGAGUGGUAUUACACUCAAUGUAAUUUAGUACAGUCAUUUGACUAUUAUGUGUGUUUUUUAUAUUAAAAUUGCUUUGUGAUAUCGCUGACGAGAUGUUUCAUAAAAAUAUGUAAAAAAACUAUAUUGAACUUGUGUGUAAAAGCUGUAGGUUAGUAUUAUAAAGCCAUUAACAUGAAUAGAUUCUAAACAAUUUAAGUAUAUAUGUCAAAAUAACUCUUUUAAAAUGUAUAUAGGUAUAAUGUACAGAGAAAUAUAAGAUUUUCUCAUUGUAAAUCUUCGAAUAUUGCGUGGUUGGAACUCGGAGAGCUUUAUCGAACUAAUUGUGCUAGAGUUACUGGAAACAGUGAUUGUUUAGUGUUUGUCAGAUUUAAUGUUAGCGUAGAACUGGUGCAUGGAAAGUCUCAUAGCUUGUAAGAAUUAACGUAAGAGAUCCCAUUCAAAUUGAAACAUUACUUUGUGUCUCGGCCACCACUCUAUUUUAUAAACGUAUCUGCAACUUUUAGAACGACGAUCCAUGACUUUAUGACUCAGAAUUUAGUCAUUAUAAAAAGUAUCAAAAUACUGCAAGUGUUUUAAAUCGGCCGCAAGAGUACAAUCACAAUGGUCGGCGGAGGUGUAAGUUAUAUUUAUCGGACUGUGAUGAGUCCAUCCAUUACUUAAAGAACUUUUAAUUGUUCACUAUCCUACCUCAUUUUGCGACUCUAGCUUUAGUGUAUUUUUGCAUCUCAAUCGGAAAAUAUUUUCCUAUCUAUAUGCCUACGAUUAUCAGAAUUAUGUCACCAAAGAUGAGGCUGUAUAUACCUUCAGUCGUAUACAUUGAAAAAUCCUAAAGUGUUAUCUAUUUAUAGCUAUUUAUUUAUACCCGUUCAUAACUUCCAUAUCGGUGAGUAGCUUGAAUUUAUUUUGAGACGUUCUCAUUGAUACAUAAAUCUGGUGAUAAGACAAUAUAUGUAUUGUAUUGUAGAACCUUGAGUGUGUGCCUCGUGUCAGUUGUUGGGUAGGCAGGCACGCCGGCGCAGCGCGUGUCGAGCGCGCCGGGGUAAUGUUAUCAUUGCACAGCUAUGGCCUUAUUUGAAAGAUGAUUUUAGAAUAAAUUCUCUAGGCAUGUAUAAUAACGGCUGUUACAUAUUAGAGUAUAUAAAUAAAUGAGACAGAUGGUAUAUGUUGUGAUGUAUAAGUUCAAAAAUAAGCGGAAAAAUCUUAGUCUUGUGAUAAUUUAUAUAAAUAUGUGAAUAAAUGAUGAAGUAUUA